CGGGGGAAGUGGGUGAAGAUUCUGGAAGGAUUUCCCUUCCUUCCAGCCGGCCGUGACAGUACUGGGGAAGGUUGGCGAAAGCGUGGCGUCGCUCGCUUUUAAGAAAUGAAUCACAAAGCGAAGAAGAGGAUAAAAGAAGCUAAGCGCAGUGCUCGCCCGGAGCUGAGGGAUUCUUAUGACUGGACGAAGCACAACUACUACGAAACUUUCUCUUUAUCCUUGGACACUGUCAAGGAUAAUGUAGAAAGGAUAGAUGCCCUCCAGACCUCUGUUGAAGAAUUCAUUGAGAAAUAUGAAAAACCAUAUAAGCCUGUGGUGGUGGUAAAUGCUGAACUUGGGUGGGCAGCACAUGAAAAGUGGACUCUAGAGCGAUUAAAGCGCAAGUACAGAAAUCAAAAAUUUAAAUGUGGUGAAGACAAUGAUGGCUACUCUGUUAAAAUGAAGAUGAAGUAUUAUGCUGACUACAUGGAAACUACAAAAGAUGAUAGCCCUCUUUACAUUUUUGAUAGCAGUUAUGGGGAACACCCUAAAAGGAAGAAACUAUUAGAGGAUUAUGAAGUGCCAAAGUAUUUUAAGGAUGAUUUGUUCCAGUUUGCAGGGGAAAAGCGGAGACCUCCAUACAGAUGGUUUGUCAUGGGUCCUCCAAGGUCUGGAACUGGUGUCCAUAUUGAUCCUUUAGGAACAAGUGCAUGGAAUGCUUUAGUUCAGGGUCACAAGCGUUGGUGUUUGUUCCCUACAAAUACACCACGUGAACUUAUCAAGAUAACAAGGGAAGAAGGUGGAAACCAACAAGAUGAGGCGAUUACAUGGUUUGUCAUUGUCUACCCUCGUACACAGCAUCCGACAUGGCCCCAAGAGUUUAAGCCCUUAGAAAUCCUUCAGAAGCCAGGGGAGACUGUCUUUGUACCAGGUGGAUGGUGGCAUGUAGUACUCAAUAUGGAUCACACUAUUGCUGUUACACAGAACUUCGCCAGUGCAACCAACUUUCCUGUUGUUUGGCAUAAAACAGUUAGGGGGCGUCCUAAACUAUCCAGAAAGUGGUACAGGAUUUUGAAGCAAGAACGUCCAGAACUAGCUGUAGCAGCCGAUUUGGUUGACCUGCAGGAGUCCACUGGUAUUGCAUCAGACAGUUCAAGUGAUUCUUCUAGUUCAUCAAGUUCUAGUUCCUCGGACUCUGACUCAGAGUGUGACUCUGGUGCUGAAGGAGAUGGAAUGACACACAAAAGAAAGAAAAGAAGAACUUGCAAUAUGAUGGAAGAUGGUAGUUCUCAAUCUCGUGAUGACUGUGUGAGCAAAGAACGCAGCUCAUCCAGGUGACAAAGACUCGAAGAUAACAGCAGUGCAUCGUAAGAUAAAUUUCAAAAACUGCAGUAGAUGAAAAAUAAUUGCCAGUCUAAGACUCGAUUUUAAAUUCUGAAUUACUUCAUGUUUUCGGUUUCGUAUAGCUAUCUUAUUUACCUCCUUGGUAAUAAUUGUAAUUCCAGACAAAAAUGUCAUGGACAGCCAUUUAAGACCAUACAAUGUUUAAUAAUUGAUUUUUUUUUAGAUCAAAUUAUCUAGUGUUGGAAAGAUAUUUUUAUAAACCUGUCCCUAAAUUAACAAUAGUGCGCUAAAGACUAUU